AGCGAACACAGCAGCGGGGCUGCGCGUGUGUGUGUGUGUGUGUGUUCAGGGUGUGACACCUGUCUGUGCUGGAGUUUGAAGGGCAGCUAUAGCCGGUCCUGUCCGGGCGGUGACGUGGCCCAGUCCGUCAGUCUCUGGUCACUUCCGGGGUCAGCGGCCGAGUCGGCGCCGGAGAGAGAGAGAGAGCCAUGUCGAAGGUUACCUUCAAGAUUACACUAACGUCAGACCCCAAGCUGCCAUACAAAGUGUUGAGUGUACCCGAUGCCACACCUUUCACAGCAGUGUUAAAGUUUGCAGCAGAAGAGUUCAAAGUACCAGCAGCAUCCAGCGCUAUUAUAACAAAUGAUGGGAUAGGAAUAAACCCUGCUCAAUCCGCAGGAAAUGUUUUCCUGAAGCAUGGCACAGAACUGCGACUCAUCCCCAGGGACCGUGUUGGAAGCCAUUAACCUUUUGCUGCCCAUAUAAUGGACAGGAAACCAUCUUCUCCUGCUGAAGAAACAAACCCAUAUUUAUUUUGGAAAUUUUUGGUCCAUGCUACACCUGUUUGAUACACAUUCCUGUUAAAAGUUCUUGAUAAGGUUCUCGGGAUUUAAUUAACCAACAGAUCUUUCAAGAGAGAAGAUUUAAAUUGUGCACACUGUAAAUCUGCCCAGCGGUAACCAGACAUUUAAAAAUUAUCUGUACUGCAUUGGAAUUGUUGAAAGACUGGACUGCAAAGAGUUGUCAAGCAAGUAGAGUUAAUGCCUUAAUGUAUGGAAUUGUUGUACUGUAUUAAGGAAUAACCUGCACCUAGUGAUCUAGUAAAUAUGAUCUGCUCAGAAUGAACUCAGAUNAAAAAAAUGUAAAGUUUGA